AUGAACGGCGAAGAACGAAGAAUACAGAAUGAAGACCUGGCUGAAGAGAUUGACGCCGUCAAUGCUAUAUACGGCCCCUCUACGAUAACACUUACCACCUCGUCUCCUCACCCGGUCUUCGCGAUACAGCACACGAUAAUACUAACAAUACCAAACCAUGAGACUGUCUCGUUUCUGCUUGGGUUUGACGCCGAAUAUCCAUCGACUCCCCCGCGCGUUCUUGGGCCUGCAUCAAGUGGAUCGAGAGGUGAAGGGAAGAAAUGGGCGGAUAUAUUAACGGAGUCUGUCGGGAGAGUAUGGACUGAGGGAUCGGUUUGUCUCUACGACUUGAUCGUCGAUGCGGAGGAACGGUUCGAUGAAUUGAAAUCUACACAGAAUGAGAAAGAAGAGAGCGAUACUGCAGACCAGGAAACAUCUGCAUCUACGAUUCAAAAGAGUGACUUACACUCGUUUGGGUUAACCGCCUCUCCGCCGUGGGUGAUAUCCGAUCCUAUAACCGAGAAAAAAUCUGUAUUCGUUGCGAGAGCAGCUACGGUCGAAUCGAAGGAGCAGGCUGAAAAAUAUCUAGACCAUCUUCUCGCUACAGAGAAAAAAGUGGCUUCGGCAACCCACAAUAUCACCGCAUGGCGUAUUCGUCAAUCUCAGCAGCCUUCAGACGGGCAGCGACAACAGCCAGGCCGUGAUACCGUUAUUCAGGACUUUGACGAUGAUGGUGAGUCAGCGGCUGGUGGAAGAUUGUUGCAUCUCAUGCAGUUGAUGGGGGUGUUAGAUGUCGUGGUGGUAGUGACAAGGUGGUAUGGUGGAGUGAAGCUGGGACCUGAUCGGUUUCGAAUCAUUAACGCUGCAGCCAGAGAUGCGUUGGUGAAGGGCGGGUUCGAGGCAAGUCCAUCGGCAGAGAAAGGAAAGAAGAAAGGGAAGAAGUAA